AUGGGAUCAACAAAAACAAAUGCAAGAGGAAAACAGCUGCAAGAACUACUAAAUGAAGGUAUUAUCGAUUGUGUCGACGAUGAUAGUACAACAUUUGAAAAAAAUGAAUAUGAAGCCAAAUUAGAUUGGAUUCUAGGAAGUCAACCACUCCUAUCAUUCAUAACAAAUGUUGAAGCACACCCAACCAUCGGCACAAUAAAUGGACACAAACCAUUAACAUUCGAUAUUCAAAUCGGAGCUGAACCAAAACCAACUUCUCCAAGAUUAUCACUUAAUUUCAAAGCAGCAAAGUGGACAAAGUUCAGAUCCAAGUUAGAUCAACAACUAAUGCUAUGGAAUAAUGAUACAAGUGCAAAUGCAGCAUUAAACAUAGAAGAACAUUCAACGUUCAUUACCAACAGUAUAAUGUUAGCAACUCACGAAGCUGUUCCAACAUCUACACCAACAAGUAAAAGCUAUGCAUUAAGUGAAGCAUCGAAGAGCUUGAUUACAAUGAAACAUCAAACAUACCGAAGAUGGAAGAGGACCGGAGACAAUAUAGACAAACGUCAAUAUUACAACUCCAAAAUCUUAUUAACCAACUCACUUAGAAAUGACAGAAGAGACAACAUUAACAAGUUAAUGUCAUCCUUAUGUCAUAAAAAGAUGUAUUCAGACAAGGUUUGGCUUACAGUUCGUAAGUUCCAUUGCAAAAGGAUCAAGCAAACUUUCACAAGCAGCAUGACCUACAACAACACGACAGCAACAUCAGAUAAAGAAAAAGCAGACUUAUUUGCGGAUUACUUCGAAAAAGAUGUCUACUCUUACACUGAUGAUACACUGCCAUUCCAUGAUCAAGUAACAACCCAAGCAAACAACUUAAAGAACAAAAGAAUAACCUCGUUAAACACACCCAAGUGGAAGCAAAUUACAAUAGAAGAAGUUAAACAUCAUAUCAAACAACUUCGUAAUAGCUCCGCUGGGCCAGACAACAUACAUAAUAGGUGUUUAAAAAAUUCUUCAGAAUUACUUAUUCAGCAUUUAACUAAGCUGUUCAAUCAAAUUCUGAAGCAAGGUUAUAUUCCAACAAAUUGGAAAACGGCCAACAUCAUACUUAUCCUCAAACCGAAGAAAGACAAGCAACAUCCAUCUAGUUAUCGACCGAUUAGUCUCCUUAGUUGCUUAGGCAAACUAUUGGAGAAAAUAGUCAAACAACGAUUAAUGCUUGAACUCGAACGGAAAAACAUCUUACCAGAACAUCAAGCCGGCUUUAGACCAGGAAAAAGUACAAUGUACAACAUCCUGCGAUUAGAACGAUACGCUCACGAUCGACUUCGAUCUGCUCGAAGACACUCAGCGGUAAUUCUAUUCGAUAUAAAAGCCGCAUUCGAUUCAGUAUGGCAUGACGGCCUGAUAUAUAAAUUAAAUGAUCUUCGACUUCCGAAGUACAUCAUCAACUACCUAACAUCAUUUCUUAAAAAUCGAACCGCCUCAAUCGAAAUCGAAAAUGUCCUAUCCAGACAAUUCAACUUAAAGAGCGGUACACCACAAGGAUCUCCACUAUCACCGAUACUAUAUAUUAUAUAUACGGCAGAUUCGAUGAAUGAUAUACCGACUCACACCGAGCAUGGAUUAUUCGCCGACGAUACAGCACUCUGGACGUCAUCGAAUACCAUGACAUAUUUAUCAUCCAGGCUACAACAAUCCGUAGAUGCAUUCGAAAGUUGGUGCAAGUCAUGGAAAUUAAAAUUGCAACCAACUAAAACAGAAAUGAUCCACUUCACCAUUCAUCCAAGGAAGAAGUAUAAACAUCCAGUGGAAGUUAAAGUUGAUAAUACAAUUAUUAAGCCACUGGAUCAUACAAGAUACUUGGGUGUCAUUAUAGACAAACAAUUAAACUGGCGACGACAUCUCGAUCAUAUCGAAACCAAGAUUGCUCCACGGAUCGGUCUACUUCGUUAUUUAUCGAGAACAGCAUACGAGCCCAACAGCAGAACAAUGAUCAACAUCUUCAAGUCAAUAGCGCGCACAAUCAUUAUAUAUGGUUACCCGGUACUAUUAACUGCUGAUCGAAAUGUAUGGAACCGAAUACAGAUCAUUCAGAAUAAAGCACUUCGAGCUGCACUAGGUCUACCUAUGUACACGUCAGUCGAAUACAUCCACAAAAUUAGUAAUAUUCCAAAAAUCAAAGAUUAUGCAACAACAUUACUAAAACAGUCCAUCCAAACAGCAACAACAAAUAAUGACAUUACAUCGAAGAAACAUCUUCAAGACAUACUCGAAAAAAUUUUAUGA